AUGCGCUCCUUACCGAGCUCGCUGGUCAAUUUGUACGCUUUGAGUGUGAAUCUCACUACACUCAACUUGACAUCGAACAAGAUACGUCGACUCGAGGUCAGCACUGAUCCGGAGCUAUACGUUGCGGUGCAAGACUUGUUCCUGGACGACAAUGAGCUGGAGUUCAUCGAUAUGGAAUUCUUCGUGCCUCUCAAACGACUUAGUCUCAUCAAUCUGGGGAUGAAUUGGCAGAUCAACUUUUCCGAUUGGGAUGCACCGCUACUCCAUACGCUGGAGCUGCACCGAAACCAACUCGAACAGCUACCGAUUGCUGUAGAAAGGCUGCCUGCCUUGUACUUGUUGCAAUUAUCCUCCAACAAUCUCACGACACUCGAUUUGGGACUGUUUAUCAACCUCACGAAGCUUAUGUCGAUCGAUGCAUCAGACAAUCAACUGAGCACGGUUCUGCCAGCAUCCCUACCCGACACUAACCAAACGAUCCACCCGGUUACUCUUCCGGCGCUUGAAAUUUUAUAUCUAAAGAGCAAUGUCCUCACGCACAUCGAUUUCGACCGAUUGAAUCUGCCCGCCCUGGAAAGCGAUGGUCAGUGCGUGCCGUCAAUGGGACGAGCGUGCUUGCUGCCGGUACUCAACAUGUUGACCGAUGGUCUGGUUGUGCUGCGGAACGUUCCCGUUGAAGACUACUCUUCGGUACGCGUGGAACUGCUACGUCUACCGGAAAACCCAUCCGGUAUCUUUUUGCAACGAGUCGCCCAGCUCGUAAAUCGCGUCGAGAUGUACGUGUUCCAGGAGCAAACAAUCAACAUCAUGCCCGACAAUAUCCUGCAGGAGGUUGCGCUUUACCAAGCGAAAGCCCUACGGCAGGUACUGUUCGGGACGAACGUACUGCUAAACACCUUCACGGUGUACGGUUGCUCGCUCGAUCGGAUACCGGCGACGUUACCCAACGCCCAGGAACUGGGCGAACUCCGAAUAGACAGUUGCAACAUGAAGGGCUUCACGUUCGAUGCGUUCGCUCGCAACAGCAAGCUGACCGUACUGGAUCUGAGCCGGAACCAAAUCAGUCAGAUCUUCCCAUCGAUCCUCCCCGAACUUCCCUCGCUAGCUAUCGAAUCGCUGUAUCUUUCGUCAAACCAGCUGGAAAACGUAGACAUGACGGCCUUCGCUUCGCUGACUGCCCUGCGGAUGCUGUCGUUGGAAUACAACAAUUUGCUGAGACUUGCUGCUGAGCGGACCGUCACCUGGCCCGUCCUGGAGAUGAUCGAUCUUCACGCCAAUCAAUUGCAAACGUUGGAUCUGCAGUGGCUGGUGGCACCCAACCUGAAACGCCUGAUGCUCGACGAAAAUCGUUUCCAGACCAUUCCGCCCCGCCUGCGACGUUUCCCGAGUCUGCAGAUGCUCGGUAUGGGUAUGAACAACUUCUCCGGCAUCGAUCUCGCCCCACUGAAUGGCCUGCCGAAUCUUACCGUCGUCGACUUCUCCUACAAUGCCAAGGCGCGCUUCAUUCGAACAUCACGCCCCAUUCAGCUGCCAUCCGUGACCUACGUGACGGCUGAAAAUUGUGCCCUGCAGCGUUUCAACACCACCGGCAUGGAUAUGCCCAUGAUCAGCUACAUCGGACUUCGAUCGAACAAUUUCUCUACCGUUCCGCCCCUUCGGAAGGCUUUCCCUUCACUGGAGACCUACAGUUUGGAGGGCAGUCCGUUGUCCUGUGCGGCCAUUAAGAACCAACUGGACACGAUUGUAGCGGGCUUUCUGAUCCUGGGCCCACCGCAAACUGAAAGUUCCUGUCCGUUUGGUACGUACAAGGUGUCGCAACAGUACACCGUGUGUUAUACGAUGCUACAGCUAAGGAGCGGUUGUCGUGUGAGAAAUGUGGAGAUGGGCGCAGCACCGUUCCUGGCAUCGAUUGCAAUUGAUGAACCAAACCAUGAAUUGGAAGUGCUCGAUAUCAGGAAGUCUGCAAUGCGCUCCUUACCGAGCUCGCUGGUCAAUUUGUACGCUUUGAGGUAUUUACUACUCCGCGAUGGACAACUGGAGACUAUCAACCUGGAGCCACUUCGCAACAGUGCGAAUCUUACUAAACUCGACUUAACAUCGAACAAGAUACGUCGACUCGAGAUCAGCACCGGUCCGGAGCUAUACGUUGCGGUGCAAGACUUGUUCCUGGACGACAAUGCACUGGAGUUCAUCGAUAUGGAGUUCUUCACGCCUCUUAGGAGACUUAGACACAUCAAUCUGGAGCUGAAUCGGUUGAAGCGAAUUGUGGCAUCAGAGGGGAAGAUCAUCAGAUUACCAGCACUCAUUACUUUAAUCCUGAACGACAACUACUUAAAGCAGCUGAACUUUACCGAUUGUGAUGCACCGCUACUCCAUACGCUGGAGCUGUGCCGAAACCAACUCGAACAGCAACCGAUCGCUAUUCGUCGACUCGAGAUCAGCACCGAUCCGGAGCUAUACGUUGCGGUGGAAGAGUUGAUCCUGUCCGACAAUGAGCUGGAGUUCAUCGAUAUGGAGUUCUUCGUGCCUCUUAAGCGGCUCGCACACAUAGAGCUGAAGAGUAAUCGGUUGAAGCAAUUUAAGGUGUCACAGAGUAAGAUUUACCGAUUUCCUGCACUACAAACUUUACUCCUUAUGGACAACUACUUAAAGCAGCUGAACUUUACCGAUUGGGACGCACCGCUACUCGCUAGGUUGGAUUUGUAUCAUAACAAACUCACGCAGCAACCGAUCGCUGUGGAACGACUGCGUGGUCUGAUUUUUUUACGAAUGACCUCCAACCAUCUCACGACACUCGACCUGCGAUCGUUCGUCAACCUCACGAACCUCACCACGCUUCAUGUGUCCAACAAUCGACUGCGCAUGGUUCUGCCAUCAUCCCUACCCGACACUAACCACGCGACCCAUCCGGUUACUCUUCCGAUGCUUCAAUUUUUAUUGCUACAAAGCAAUGCGCUCGCGCACAUCGAUUUCGACCGAUUGAAUCUACCCGCCCUGGAGGAACUAAACCUUAGCAACAACCUCUUUCGCCGACUGCCAAACGUGUUCACCCUUUACCCACUACUACGAUUUCUAAAGUUCCUCUGGAAUCCAAUCGUAUGCGCGGAUUUGCAAGCGCUUGAACUCUACAUUUCUGCGCGUGUGCUGUGGAUCGAGACGUCACAAGCAACGGCCGCCUCAUGUUCGACCAACACCUGGUACAAGGGCCCAACCGGAGAGUUUCGCUGUUGCAGUGCAUAA